AUGGGGAAAAUGUCGCGCCACCAGCUGCAUCCGUCUGUCAACCGCCCGACCGCGCCGGCGACGGCCAGCAGUGGUACGAGCAUGCUCACGGACACGCUGCUCAUCCUGGCGGCGGUGCUCUGCUUCAUGCUCUGCGUGGUCGGGCUGGCCAUGGUGACCCGGUGCUCCCGCCUGUGCAACACCUCCGCCUUCUCUGUCGACGCGCCAGGGGCAGUCGUUGCGUCGUGCAAGGGGAUUAAGAAGAGGCGCUCCAGUCGCUGCCCACGGACGAGCGCAUCCGGCGGAGUUCAGGCGGCCGGGCGGACGACCGCAUCCGCCGUUGACUGCAAAAGUCGCUGCCCCGUUUGGAUAGCCGGCAUCGAGCCGCAGCCGACGCAGAACGAGCAUGCAUGCUAG